AUGUCGGGCGACGCUCCUCCGGCCGACCUCAAGGCCCGCAUCAAGACAUCCUACGAUGCCAUUGCCGAUGUGUAUAACGAGUGGACGAAGAAGCACUCGGACCUGCGCUCGCGCUACCUAGCACAAUUCAUCGAGCACCUGCCCGCCGCCGCCGCCGCCGCCACCGCCGAAACAGGCACCCCGGCACCGACACGCAUCCUCGAGCUAGGAUGCGGCGCAGGCGAGCCGUCGACGCGCACGCUCGCGGCGCGGCCCAACACGCACGUCAUCGGCAACGACCUCUCGAGCGCGCAGAUUGCGCUGGCGCGGGCGCACGCGGCGACGGAGUGGACGCUGGGCGCCGGGUCGUCGGUGGAGUUUGCCGAGGGGGACAUGGCGGACGCGGCGGUGCUGGAUUUCGCGCCGGGGAGCUUGGACGGGGUGGUGGCGCUGUACAGCCUGUUCCACCUACCGCGGGAAGAGCAGACGGCGAUGAUGGCGCGGACGGUGGAGUGGUUGCGGCCCGGGGGUUUACUGUUGGCGACGUUUUCCGGGGCGGCGGCGGAGGCGGUGGUGAUGGAGAAAUGGCUCCGGGAGGAGGAUUGGAUGUUUUGGAGCGGGUGGGGGCGGGAGGGGACGUUGGAGAGGUUGGGGGCGGCGGGGUUCGAGGUUGUGGUGGAGGCGUUGGAGGAGGAGAAUGUGGAUGUGGAUUUUUGUGGGUGA